AUGAACGCAGCCCGCCAACUUCUCCGUGCCUCUACCCGCUCCCUCUCCUCCGCCUCUGCUUCCUAUGCCCGCCCCGCUCUCCACGUGAGCACGCGCCAGUACUCGGACAAGGCUCCCCCACCCGCGGAGGAACAAAAAGCGGACGAGCAAAAGUCUGACAAAGACACGCCCCAAGUAUCCCUCGAGGAGCUCCAGACCAAGCUCAAGGCAAAAGAAGACGAGGUCGUUGACCUUACCAGCCGCCUCCGCUACCUCCAGGCUGACUUUCUCAAUCUCCAGCGCAACGCCGCCCGCGAAAAAGAGCAGCAGCGCGACUUUGCCAUCUCCCGCUUCGCCGCCGACCUCCUUGAGACCGUCGACGUCCUCUCCCUCGCCCUCAAAUCCGUCCCCGACUCCGCUCUCUCCUCACAACCAGCAGCGGACUCGUCAGCACCAGAAAAGACGCCCCAGGAGUACCUCAUCGAACUGCACCACGGCGUCGAGAUGACCCACCGCCUCCUCCUCUCUACGCUCUUCAAGUACCACGUCAAGCCCUUCGACCCCACCGGCGACGUCUUCGACCCCAACCUCCACGAGGCCCUCUACCAGGCUCCCAUACCCGGCAAGGAGCCCGGCACCGUCCUCGAGUGCCAGAAGACCGGGUACAAGAUCAAGGACAGAGUUCUCCGCGCCGCCCAGGUCGGCGUCGUCCAGGACACUUCAUGAGCUCGCUAGUACACACAUAUGGAGCGGGCCUUGUGCGGGCUUCAAGUGCUAAUAGGGGCGCGCUGUUCGCGUCGGGCGCGCGCGUUGGGUAUUUAUGCGGUUGGCUGGCUGGCGGUCCGCCUGAGCAUGGGCCGCGAUCACGACUUAGAUAGAUAGAGACUGCACUACCAUCUCAUGCAUGCUUUUGGUCUUUGGGGUGGGUGCACGGGAUGGUAUGCCACGACAUGGACAUACGAUAGACUUAAUGUAGUACGCGACGCCUAAUUUGAUCUCACCUCUCCGU